AUGAUGAUGAAUCGGAAACACAGAGACACACUUCGCUUUAUCUCACGCUUCCAUCAUCACCAACAACAAAACCAAUUUUCUCAAUUCACCUCAGUAACAGGUUUUCAUGAAAAUUCCCCACAAUUACAGCGCAAUGUUGUUCCCGGUGAAAAUAAAGGUUUCUCUUUUUUCAACCCGCUGAGGAAUUCCUUGAAAAAUGAGGAAUUGGGUGGUGGAAACACGUUCGGAGUUCAUCAGAAAUGUUAUUAUGGUUCAAUGGUCGGGGUUGUUCAGAGGAGCAACAGAUUUUCGGAGUUGAAUGAUGAUGAUGUUAAAUACUUUCAAGAGAUUUUGGGGAGGAAGAAUGUUGUGCAGGAUGAAGAUAAGCUUAGUGCUGCUAAUGUUGAUUGGAUGCAUAAGUAUAAAGGUGCUAGUAAGAUUCUUCUGCAGCCAUGCAACACUGAUCAGGUUUCUGAGAUUCUUAAAUACUGUAACUCCAGAAACCUGGCUGUUGUUCCUCAAGGAGGAAACACUGGUCUUGUAGGUGGAAGUGUACCUGUCUUUGAUGAAGUGAUUGUUAGUCUUAGUUCAAUGAACAAGAUCAUAUCUUUUGACAAGGUUAGUGGAAUACUGGUAUGUGAAGCUGGGUGCAUAUUGGAAAAUCUCAUGUCAUUCCUGGACAAUGAAGGAUUUAUUAUGCCCCUAGACUUAGGUGCUAAAGGGAGUUGCCAGAUUGGUGGAAAUGUUUCAACUAAUGCCGGUGGUUUGCGUCUUGUUCGUUAUGGAUCUCUUCAUGGAAGUGUACUUGGUGUUGAAGCUGUUCUAGCAAAUGGCACUGUACUUGACAUGCUUAAGACAUUGCGCAAAGAUAAUACUGGCUAUGAUUUGAAACAUCUAUUUAUAGGAAGUGAAGGUUCCUUGGGAAUUGUAACCAAGGUUUCAAUACUUACCCCACCGAAGUUAUCUUCGGUUAAUGUGGCUCUUCUUGCUUGCAAAGAUUAUAGCUCCUGCCAGAAACUGCUACAGGAAGCAAAGAGGAAACUCGGGGAGAUUUUAUCUGCAUUUGAAUUUUUGGACAGCCAGUCUAUGGAUUUGGUCACAAGUCACCUGGACGGUGCUCGGAAUCCAUUUCCUGAUUCGCAACAUGACUUUUAUGUUUUGAUCGAGACAACCGGCAGUGAUGAAUCUUCGGACAAACAAAAGCUUGAAGCAUUUCUACUUGGCUCCAUGGAAAAUGAAUUGAUAGCUGAUGGUGUUCUUGCACAAGACAUAAAUCAAGCAUCUACUUUUUGGAAUAUACGCGAGGGUAUAUCAGAGGCAUUGAUGAAAGCAGGAGCUGUUUACAAGUAUGAUUUAUCAAUACCUCUUGAGAAUCUGUACACGGUUGUCGAAGAAAUGCGCUCGAGACUAGGUGAUGCUGCUAAUGUAAUUGGAUAUGGUCACCUUGGAGAUGGUAAUCUGCAUUUAAACGUUUCUGUUCCUCAGUACGACGGCAAGAUUUUGGCACAAAUUGAGCCUUUUGUAUAUGAAUGGACGUCUAAGCACCGUGGGAGUAUUAGCGCGGAGCAUGGCAUGGGACUAAUGAAAGCUAACGAAAUUUUCUACAGCCAGUCGCGUGAAACGGUGCAAGUGAUGAGUUCGAUCAAGAGUUUGAUGGAUCCUAAUCACAUACUCAACCCCUAUAAAGUUCUUCCUCACUCUAUCACUUCAUAA